AUGUCACGAUGGCCGGAUCUCGUUCGUGACACCCGCCUCAGCACGACAAUCGAAGAUGAUGUCACGAUUCACCACCACGAAGACUCAGACGAUGAGAACAACGCUCGGUCGACAUGGCGAGAGGAGCGCUGGAAGGCGACGGUCCGUCUGGGCCACGGCGGUUGUGGUAGCGUCUGGCUGCAGGAAUGUGUCGAGGGGGGACGAGGCAUUGAUAAACGUGCCGUCAAAAUCAUUCCUCGGAUGAGUCUCAAAGAUAAGAAGGACAACUAUGUAUCUGAAUUGGAGGCUAUUGCCAAGUUUUCGCAAAAACGUUACUCAAAGUGUUUUGUCAAAUUCCUCGGGUGGUAUGACGAUGACGCCUCAAACCUCUAUAUCGCCAUGGAAUACCUUCCUCUUGGCGACUUACAGAAGUAUAUGGAUAAGCAUAGGCUCAUAGAUGAGACGGAUGUACGCGAGAUAUCGUUCCAGGUGCUUGAAGGGCUGUCUUACAUGCAUCGAGAGGGGUUCGCCCAUCGGGACAUCAAGCCUGAUAAUGUGCUUAUCCGGUCACAGCCGCCGAUGAAUAACUGGUGGGUUAAGAUUAGCGAUUUCGGCAUCAGUAAACGCGUCGAAGGGUCGAUCAAGGUAGUGUCAAGUAUCAAGGGCACAAUUCCGUAUAUGGCCCCGGAACUGCUCUUUCAUGAGCCAAGCAGUUCCAACCAGAUUAACCAUCAAGCAGCUGACAUGUGGGCACUUGGCGAGAUGGCCUGCCGCCUACUAACAAAGACGGCUGUUUUCCCUACCCACAACGCACUCGUCAGCUAUCUAGUGAAUACAGACUUGUUUCCCACAGACAAUCUUACCAAGCGAGAUGCAAGCUCAAAUGCAGUCUCCUUCAUUCGCUCGCUCAUGGAACCUCACCCAGACAAACGCCUAACAUCGGACACGGCCAUGGAGCAUCCCUGGGUUGCACCUCUACAGGGCCACAGGCCACAAGUCUCUAAACCGUCAAUACCUAUACCAUUCGAUCCAUUUGUUCCAACUCGGCAGCCUGCUCUAGCUCCCAUUCCAAAUUCUUGGGCUACAGUAUCGACCACAAGUUCUAGUUAUCAACCAUAUGCAGGAGUUCUGGAGAUACAGAAUGGUUCAUCUCUGCAAAUGUCAUCUUCUGUACUCGGUAGUAAAAAUACCCAGGCGACACAUGAUACCAACGCAGAUGACAUUACAGGGGACAGCGUUUAUAAGCCUGUGCUUAACGUACCUCAAGUUUCUGUCGGCCCUUUGAGAGUUUCUCAGGCUCCAAAGUCAUCGUCUUCUCAGCAGUCGCAGAGUCUCUCACAGGCACCUCCCCUAAAAAUGCCCUGGCCCCGUUCUGCACUUCCUCAAGGUCCUCCGCCUGUCCGACUUGGCCACAACCUUUCCCAGUCUGGGCAAGGAACCCCCCCGACAAAACUACGCUCAUAG